CGCCCCGAGGGUGCCAGCCUUGCGCCCUGGGUCCCUGGGAGAGGAUGGAGCGCCCGGAGCCGGAGCUGAUCCGGCAGAGCUGGCAAGCAGUGAGCCGCAGCCCGCUGGAGCACGGCACCGUGCUGUUCGCCAGGCUGUUUGACCUGGAGCCUGACCUGCUGCCCCUCUUCCAGUACAACUGCCGCCAAUUCUCCAGCCCAGAGGACUGUCUCUCCUCCCCUGAGUUCCUGGACCACAUCAGGAAGGUGAUGCUUGUGAUUGAUGCUGCAGUGACCAAUGUGGAGGACCUGUCCUCACUGGAGGAGUACCUUGCCAGCUUGGGCAGAAAGCACCGGGCAGCAGGUGUCAAGCUCAGCUCCUUCUCGACAGUGGGUGAGUCCCUGCUCUACAUGCUGGAGAAGUGCCUGGGCCCUGCCUUCACCCCAGCCACGAGGGCCGCCUGGAGCCAGCUCUAUCAGACCGUGGUGCAGGCCAUGAGUCGGGGCUGGGAUGGCCAGUGAGAGAGGCGACCCCUGCCAGAGGCCUCUGUCUGUGUCUGUUGUAGCCCAGGCUCUCCCAGGCCUCCCUGCAUCUUGGUCCUGUCCCCUUGGCCAUACUGGAGAGGUGACGACACAAGGCUGAGUCUGUCUCACCCCUCUCCAACUGCAGAAGGAGGAGCUUUUCCUUCAGGAGGGGGUUUCUGGAUUCCCCCCACCCCCAGUCGCCUCCUUCCUGCCUGCCUUUCCCCCUCUCUUGCAAACCCUUGCCUCAUGAGGAGGAGCAGAGCUUUGGUGGCAGAGGUGGCAUGGGGCCGGGAAGCUGUGGGUCUUGAGGCAAUGGGGCCUUCUGUCCAGCAGGGCCUCUUGGGUGAGCCCAGCCCCAGUGGAUACCUUCCCCUCCUGCCUGCCCAGGCCCUUCGCUGCUUUCCUACCUGAAGGCUGUUUGCCCUUCACAAAUAAGGAGAAAGAGAAACUUUGGCCUGCGUGGUGGAGUCAUAAGCAGGGGAGCAGAGAGUCAGGAAAGGUGCCAAGGGAGGGAGGGGCACCUGGGUCUCCGUGGGGGCGCCUCUGGAGCUGCACAAAUGCCAGCUGGCAAAGUCGUUUUCCUUUGCAGUCCCCCUCCCCUCAUUCAGCACUUUUUGUGGGAUCCCUGUGAGUGUUGCUCUGUAGGACCCCAGACAGCCAGCCAGGUAAGGGUGGGGAUGGGGGCGGGCGAGGGUCCCCGGGCCCUUCCUCACUACCCACUCGAGAGCGCCCUCAGCUCCCUGCGCUCAGGCAGGUAGAUAGAAGAGAAGGCGGCAGGAGACCCUUUGCCCUCACCCCAAGCCGUCUGUACCCUGUCUUCUUUUGCUCUGUGUGUUCUAUAAACUCCUGAGGAAUAAACCUGUUGCCUGUCUGACUCUC